CCCCGUGGCGGGAAACGCGGGCUCGGCGCAGGCGCAGUGGCGGAAGCGAAAGCGGAAGCGGCGCAGUGAGGGAGGAGGGAAGAUGGCGGCGGCCGCGGCGGCCCCCGAGGACGAGCUGGUCUCGUCGGUGACGCUUUACCGGCGGCGGCCGCGGCUGCUCCGCGGGACCGUGCUGCCCUUCGCCGCCGGUCUCUACCCGGCCUGGCUGUGGCUGUGGGGGCCGCGCCUGUGGGCGGCGGGGGAGGCGGCGGGGCCGCCCGAGGCGGCGCUGUUGGCGCUCGGCGCCAUCGCGGCGCUGCAGCUGCUGACGGCGCUGGCCGGGCUCUGGUCCGUGCACGCCGAGUGCGCCCUCAGCUGCGUCAGGGAGCCCUGUCCCCAAAAAGCCACCCUGGCCAAGGUGGUGCCGACCCCCAACAACGGCUCCGUGGAGUUGGUGCCGAUCCACAGGGAGCAGGGUGAGGAUGGACUGGAAGCUUUGAGCUUUGAAUUCCAGAAAAUCAAAUAUUCCUACGAAAUCCAUGGAAAAAAACAAUUCCUGCCCGUGGCGUUCCCUGUGGAGCAUCCCUUGGGAUUCUACCAGAAUUCCAGAGGGUUCCAGGAGGAGCAGGAAAUCCGGGAAGCUGAGAGGAAAUACGGGAAUAACAAGGCGGAAAUGGUGGUGCCAGAAUUCCUGGAGCUUUUCAAGGAAAGAGCCACGGCUCCGUUCUUCGUGUUCCAGGUGUUCUGCGUGGGGCUCUGGUGCCUGGAUGAGUUUUGGUACUACAGCAUCUUCACCCUCUCCAUGCUCGUGGCCUUCGAGGCCUCCCUGGUGCAGCAGCAGCUGCGGAACCUGGCCGAGAUCCGCCGGAUGGGCAACAAGGCCUUCCCGAUCCAGGUGUACAGGAACCGGAAGUGGCGCCCAAUUUCCAGUGACGAGAUCGUGGCGGGGGACGUCGUUUCCAUCGGCCGCUCCCCCCAGGAGAAUUUGGUGCCCUGUGACCUCCUGCUGCUGCGGGGCCGCUGCGUGGUGGACGAGGCCAUGCUGACCGGAGAGUCCGUGCCGCAGAUGAAGGAGCCGGUGGAGGGGCUGAGCCCGGAGCGGGAGCUGGACCUGGGCUCGGACGGGCGGCUCCACGUCCUGAUCCCUGUGCCCCAUUCCCAUGUGGAAUUCCCUGUUCCCAUUCCCAUGUGGAAUUCCCUGUUCCCAUUCCCGCAGGAGCCGGUGGAGGGGCUGAGCCCGGAGCGGGAGCUGGACCUGGGCUCGGACGGGCGGCUCCACGUCCUGUUCGGGGGCACGCGCGUCAUCCAGCACCUGCCGCCGCCCCGCGCCGCCGCCGGCCUCAAGCCUGUGGAUAACGGGUGCUUGGCCUACGCCCUCCGCACCGGCUUCAACACCUCCCAGGGAAAGCUGCUCCGCACGAUCCUCUUUGGGGUGAAGAGAGUCACGGCCAACAACCUGGAGACCUUCAUCUUCAUCCUCUUCCUCCUCGUCUUCGCCAUCGCCGCCGCCGCCUACGUCUGGAUCCAGGGCACCAAGGAUCCCCGGCGGAACCAGUACCGCCUCUUCCUGGAGUGUGCCCUGAUCCUGACGUCCGUGGUGCCCCCCGAGCUGCCCAUCGAGCUCUCCCUGGCCGUCAACACCUCCCUGAUCGCCCUGGCCAAGCUCUAUGUUUAUUGCACGGAGCCGUUCCGGAUCCCCUUUGCAGGGAAGGUUCAGGUUUGCUGCUUCGACAAAACCGGGACCUUGACCAGCGACCACCUCGUGGUGCGAGGGGUGGCCGGGCUCAGGGAAGGCAAGGAAGUGCUGCCAGUGUCGGAAAUCCCUCUGGAAACUCACCGGGCCAUCGCCUGCUGCCACUCCCUGGUGCAGCUGGAGGACGGGACCAUCGUGGGAGACCCUCUGGAAAAAGCCAUGCUGACAGCCGUGGACUGGACCCUGACCCGAGAUGAGAAAGUUUUCCCGAGGAGUCUAAAAACUCCGGGAAUGAGAAUUCACCAGCGCUUUCAUUUCUCCAGUGCCCUGAAGAGGAUGGCGGUGCUGGCUUCCCUGGAAAAUUCCUCCGGAGAAAUCCGAUACCUGGCGGCCGUCAAGGGCGCUCCUGAGACCCUGCAUGCCAUGUUAUCCCAAUGUCCCAGCAACUACCACGAGAUCCAUCGGGAAUUCUCCCACGAGGGCGCGCGGGUCCUGGCCCUGGGCUACAAAGAGUUGGGAGCCCUGAGCCACCAGCAGGUGCGGGAGAUGAAGAGGGAAUCCCUGGAAUGUGACCUGAGAUUUGUGGGAUUCAUCCUGGUCUCGUCCCCGCUCAAAUCCGACUCCAAGGCCGUGAUCCGAGAGAUCCAGAACGCUUCCCACCACGUGGUGAUGAUCACGGGGGACAGCCCGCUGACCGCCUGCCACGUGGCGCGGGAGCUGCACUUCCUGCAGAAGGAGAAGAUCCUGAUCCUGCAGCCCCCGGAGCGCCCCGGGCUGCCCUGGCAGUGGCGAUCCCGGGAUGGAUCCGUGGCUCUGCCGGCGUUCCCGGAUUCCCCGCGGGAUCUGACGGAUCCCUUCGAGCUGUGCCUGACCGGGGAGGGGCUGGAGCAGCUCCGGCUGCGGGAUCGGGAUCGGCUGCUCCGCCUCAUCCCCCACAUCCGAGUGUUCGCCCGCGUGGCGCCCAAGCAGAAGGAAUUCGUGAUCACGGCGCUGAAGAGCCUCGGCUACUGCACCCUCAUGUGCGGGGACGGCACCAACGACGUGGGAGCGCUCAAACACGCGGACGUAGGAGUUGCCCUGCUGGCCAACGCUCCGGAGCGCGUUCCCGAGCGGAAGCGUCGGCCCCGCGACGGCCUCGGCGACAGCAGGGCCGGAAUUCCCGCCGGGAAUGUCAAACCCUCAUCCCGAGGAGCCAAGCAGAGGCUCCUGGCCCAGCGGGAGGAGCAGCUGGCCGUGCACAGGGAGCGGCUGAGCCAGGUGCUGAGGGACCUGGAAGAGGAGAAGGCCCCGGUGGUGAAGCUGGGGGACGCCAGCAUCGCCGCCCCCUUCACCUCCAAACUCUCCUCCAUCCAGUGCAUCUGCCACGUGAUCAAGCAGGGGCGCUGCACGCUGGUGACCACGCUGCAGAUGUUCAAGAUCCUGGCGCUGAACGCGCUGGUGCUGGCCUACAGCCAGAGCGUGCUCUUCCUGCAGGGAGUCAAGUUCAGCGACCUGCAGGCCACGCUCCAGGGGCUGCUCCUGGCUGCCUGCUUCCUCUUCAUCUCCAGGUCCAAGCCCCUGAAGACUCUUUCCAAGGAGAGGCCCCUUCCCAACAUUUUCAACGCCUACACGGUGCUGACGGUGCUGCUGCAGUUCCUGGUGCAUUUCCUGAGUUUGCUCUUCCUCUACCGGGAGGCGCAGGAGCGCAGCGAGCCCAGGCAGGAGGAGUUUGUGGAUCUGAGCCGGGAGUUCGAGCCCUCGCUGGUGAACAGCACGGUGUAUCUGCUGGCCAUGGCGCUGCAGACGGCCACCUUCGCCAUCAACUACAAGGGCCGGCCGUUCAUGGAGAGCCUGGCGCAGAACCGGGCGCUGCUCUGGGCGCUGCUGCUCUCGGCCGCGGCCGUGCUGGGGCUGCUCAGCGGCGCCUGCCCCGAGCUCAACGGCGCCUUCGGCCUGGCCCACAUCCCGCCCGAGUUCCGGCUGCUGAUCCUGGCGGUGCUGGCGGCCGAUUUCCUGCUGGCCUUUUGUGUGGAUCGGCUCCUGCAGCUCCUGCUGGGCAGCUCCCGCCUCCGCGUGCCUUCCUGAGCUUCCGGAAUUCCCAAAAAAAACCCCGGAAUUCCCAAAAAAAAUCCCGGAAUUCCCGA